CAGGGAAAUCCGUAAAACUCAGAAGAGAUUCAGGGAAGUCGUAGGACAAUCCCGAACCGACUAACGUCAUCAUCUCCUUGUUCCUCAAAUGCUGUCAUUCUCUUCACCGAGAACUUCAACCGUCCUUGAAUCCAGGAGCAUGGAGUGGCAUCUUAAGAGCGAGGUACUAAAAAGUGAUUCAAGUUGUAGGCGGGUUAUCUCCGUCGGUGGAGAGGAACAGGCCAGCUAGCUUCGAUGGAUGCGUCAGCGGUGGUGUGGCUUUGCGAUGUGGUGAGUAGAUAACCAUUAAUCUUCCGCUACAGCGUGAAGCUGAACUUGAGAAGACCGAUGAUGAAUCUUCAAGCCCAGAGUUGCUCAAGUUCCGGCAUGAGCCUCAGAAUGAGACUCCUAUCUUCAAGACCUUCCAAACAAGAACUUUACCACAGUUCUUGUUCCUCACUUUUUUAGCAUAAGUACCCGCAAUCAGCAUCAGUAGGAAGAGAGAGGAGGACUGCGCCGGUCUUCUACCUUUAUUCCCUCUAUUAUCUCCUUCCUUCCGCAGAAGACAUCAAUCGCAACUCCGAAGAAAAAUGUUCGACGGUGGCGCUGGCAAUUAUUGGGCUAGCUUCUACGCACCUGAGGCUGAAAUCACGAAAAAAAUCCAACAACCCGAAACUUCAGUCGCUGACAUACUUGGGGAAGAUUCCUUAUUGCAGACAUUCCGAGAUGACGGGGAACAAGGUGUUUCUUUAUGACGUUGUUGCGCAUAUUCGUUGCUGAGGAGUAGAUGCAUGUUUGUACGAACUCAUAGUACUCAAGAACAUCCUCUUUCGUCAAGAACAAGUAGACCACAUUAAAGUCUGCUUACCCCGUUCAUACUCUUUUCCAAUCAACAUGAUCAACCUCAGAACUCCGACAAUGGUUAUGCCAAGAGCACCGCGCAAAGGAGCUUUUGAGCUAUAUCACAGUGGUGCCAGCUGGAGAUGCGUCCAGAGACAGAGCUCACAAGUUUCCCUUUCUUGUGUGCGAACUCUUCAACUGCGAGGUUCACGACUUGUUACACACCGUAGCGCAUUCGGAUGCGCUUUUGUCGUAUUUGUUUGCGUUUUUGCUGCGGAGUGAACGCGUGAGUCUUAGUACAACUUCUCCGACUUCUCCGAAUGUGAAGUCACCCAGUGACGGGCCAAAAGGCGAGGCUGAUGCAAGUAAUCCGCAAGACUCUACUGCAUCUAGUUCUUUGACGCCACAAGCAAGUGAUACACCUGCACCAAGCGACAGCAAGCCAGCUGGUACCGAAGAUGGAGAAGCAACUACUAAAGGCGAUGAUGACCACCCUUCUAAAGAACAAGAAGAUACCACAACAUCAACUACAGUUAAUCCUGAUGGUUAUGGUGCUGAUGCAAAGACGAGGAGUACGUCUACUGAAGGAACAACAUCUACUUCUACGCCACCUCCUCCUCCUGUCGUAACAGCAGAAGCAGACAAAGACUUCUCUAUAGAUGAGAGCAGAGACAUGAUUGACCUCGCAACUGGCACAUCUACAUCAUCAACUUCAGGAGGAUCCUCUUCAUACAGUGGAUAUGACGACGACGAUGAUGUGAAUCCUGUUCUAGCUGGAUACUUUUGCAAAGUCGUCUCACUACUUUUGCUCCAUUUCCCCGACAGACUAGGACCGUUUUUGAAAGCAAGGAUUGCGGAACUGUUGCAGGCUUUCUUGCGAUGUAUGCAUUGCCGGUCGAUUUUGGAGCUGUACACCCGCAUGCUGACGACAGAAGACUUGCACUUCCCAUCGGCGGUCUUUGUGAGGGAGAUGUUGCAGAAGCAUGGGAGCUAUCAUUAUGUUGAGAGGACAGUUUGGAGGAGUGCUCGUUACACAAGCUGCAGAAAAAAUCAACAAGAGGCAAUAGGCACCUCUAGAAGGUACUUGUUUACAUCUAAUCCCCAGAGAUUCCGCAUUUACUCGACGACUUGAUGUCGCAGAAAGAAAACCUGCAUGACAAAGGGAGGUCGAUCCUGAUCGAGUUAAUACGGUUUGGACCUGCCAGGUUGCUGUGCUCGGAGGACCGAGAUCAAGUUAGUGCUGCGGUCAGUCUGUGCAGCAGCAUCUUUCAGAUCUGCUUGGAAGACCGUACCUCCACUACUUCUACUUUUCUCUCUGUGUUACCAACUCGAGCAACUUGAAUUUUCUGUAAAGGCUCCACUUUGAACACAUUCGUUCCAGUAGCAGUAGUAGAAGCAACAUCAAGUUGUAGCAUGUGGAACCAUUCUUGUUGAUUCCCAAGAAUUAUACCUCAGUCCGCUACGACGAUACUUCUCCCGGAUGCCAGACCUAUCCGUACCACGAGGACGAAUACUACGACGAUACUCACAUCGAAAUUGCACUGGAAGAGCCGGAUGAUGCUGGCAUGGUCGGUCGAGAAGGAACGAAAGAGGAAGAGCAUCAUGUGCCUGAACUCGAUCCCUUUGCCGUAGACCUAGAGGGAGGCUCACCUGAGAGGGAAGAAGACGAGCACCAUGGAGAGGUGCCGUUGAGCGAGAAACAGCUGUCGGAUGAUGAAGUAUGGUCCGGUGCACACGACGAUGUUGAGCUGCCGGAGACGUCAAACAUUCAUCUGGUUGCGGAAAAUAUUAGUGGUGAUGCACCCGGCGCGCCAGGGGAUUGUACGAAAUCUAAAGAAGGGACGAGCGAUGACUGUGGAUCAACCACUGCUGCAAGUACUUCAGGUGCAGUAGUUCCAUCAGAAAAAGACAGCAACGACGCGGCCACGGCCUCUGAUAGUGCUUUACCCGCCUCCAGUACUCCGGCAGAUGAGGAGUCCACAGGAUCAGAACUAGACGCUUUAGCAGAUGAUACUUCGUCUGAUGAUCCUCGCUCUGAUAGUUCAUCCUCCAAUGUCAGAAGAACUGGCAGCUUUUCUCCCUCAAGUUCUAGGUCGAGGAAUAUCGCUCCGUCGUCCUCUACAGGCGGUGAUGCUCUAGGACCAGACCAACCUGAGCUACCUCCUUGUUCUCUAGUACUAGAGAAUCAAGACGCGUCAUGUGUCACUAACGAGCUUGAAGUGGCGUUCCAUGAGUUUUUGGCUGCUUUUGAGGCUUCGUUUGACGACAUCAGUAAGCGGAUGGACGUCUUCAUCUCAAGAGCUAGGAAAUUGGAUAAAGCAGACUAUGUUCCGAAGGUUGCGAAUAUAGCAACAUCCGAUGCAGACUUUGCUCUGAAGGUUGAGGACAUAGGGACAUCCGAUGAAGAACCAAGAGCAGUGGUGAAAGAAGCUCGUAAGGCUAACGUUCAGGAGAUGAAAAGCGUCGACAAGAAGAACAAAAUCGAGUCUGACAUCGUAAUAGCAGGUGACGUAGAUCUACUCCUCGCAGAGGAUGAAAAGAAACAGGGAACGUCUACCACCUCGCCUUGCAGUGACCAGACGACAAUAGGAAGUGGCGCCGAAGCUGCUAGCGUUGGGACGGUAAAGGAAUCGUCGAGUACCAGUUCGACUUCGCUGGAGCUGUAUAACGUGUUCGAGUUGGUGUGCUUGUUUACGUCUUUUGUGACGUUAUGAAUGGACGAUUACGAUUCAGCAAAUACGCAACAACUAGCCUCAAACAGAAGAAUAAGGAUUUGACUUUCACCAGAUGACCAUUUCCCUGUCGAUUUCAGAUGACCUAAAUAUCUGCUCUGCUAUCUCUAACUUCCGCCGCUUCCUCCCUCACGGCAGCACGCCUGUCCGUCCUCCUAACCAAAAAAGUGCCACAAAAAGGGAUUGAGCUGUUCUUCCUACGACCAUGGAACAGCAUACUUCAUAACAACAUCGUACUGUUGUUAAGGGGGAUCCUGAGUUCGGACGCAUUGGCUGCGGAGCAGAAACAUUUAUUCUUGGAGGAGACCGACUUCAUUGCCAAGGCAGCGGAUGCAUUAGGCCCACCCCCACCUCGGGACAUGGAGCCAAAAGUAGCAGCGUCGAAAUUUCAAAGGAAAGGUAUCCAUUUGCAUGCGAAAGACCAUUUGUAGCCAUUUUGGCGCAGGUUUGGUAGCACUCCAACCAGGUACGCAAACCGUUCAGAAAGCCUCUUGCUGACGGGUCGCGCUCCGACUCUCGUCUUUCAAAAAGGUGGGGCGUGGGUCUGCCAGCCUGAGCCGAAAAGGAGCGCGCCCCCUUUCAGGCCUCCCUGGUGUUGGUCUUUUCGAAAACGUGCAAGAGGUAGAGGGCUACGGCUGCGGAACUGAGACAGGGGAAAACAGGAGUAGGGGGCGCGGCCCGAAAUCAGCGAGAAAGACAGGACAAAAAGCCGGCAAAGCUAUACGCGCGGCACCUCGCGUCGAUGUGUGGAGGGGGGCCACGGAUCGCCAUGACGCCAGCGGCGCCGGCAGUGAGUGUUUGGCCUUAGGUUGGCCCAGAUGGGCCAGCGCAACCCUUCCACUGAAAGCCUUUGCCGCGUUGCUGUCUGUGGGGCGGGCUGGUAGUGUUCUGCACAGUUGUCGCCAUGCAUCGGCUAGCAUGCACCUGGAUGAGCGCGCGCACUUCUCGCGUGGCUUAUCAACACUUCACCCACCAAAGCGACGGCACCAGGCCAAAUCGGUCCGGAGUCUGGCUGAUUGAGCUGGCGCGCCUCGGGUCAUGGCUUGGCGUGAAAUAUGUCCAGGCGGAACCUGGCUUCGACUGGUCUCCUGCGCGAGGCGACGGAGCGCCAUGAAGCGGAGAAAGAUGUAUUGGUGAGAAUGAACGCCAACGCACAGACCGCGCACGGCUGAGCCCAUGCGUGCCGUGACUCUACUCCCCCCACAGUGGAGAGCGCCCGCGGCUUACUGGACCAAGCUGCGGCUGGCGUCUUUUUAGAGCUGGCAGAUUACUCCUGAAGCCUCACAGGUGGAGGCUUUGAGGUUUGCGCGCAGUCUUGUGGUUUCUUCUUUGCGUGUCUCUUCGUUCGGUUGCCGCACGUGGUUCGGCCCCGCUGGGGUUGCUGGCUCCUUGUCGGAUUUUGGUAAGAUCGUGCGGGGAGGCUCUGCCGCGUGAGUGCAUCGCUUAACCUUGUGGGGGCUGGUUUCUUUUAGUGGUGGCGGGGUGGUCGUGUGUGCUUUUUGAAGUGUGUGGGCUGUGGGACAUUCGUCGCCAGUUGGUUCGGAGCUUUGCAUGCAAGGGCAGGCUAGCUUAGCCAGCUACGGCUCUGGCGCUGGGCCACGCUGGGCAGGCUUCCCGCUUCGGUUCGCCGGCGCGCGUACGUUGGCCAGCAUGUGCUACUGGGCGCGGUACAUGUUUUUGCGAUGUACAUGGAGGGAGAUAGGCACAGAGCAGAGGUGGUCGAGGCUGAUGGGGCUUGCCGCUUCUUCGUCUUGAUCGUCUGUCGCCGCUGGCUUAGUUUUUGCGCCAUUUAUGUGGCCACUUGUGUUGGCUCAGGCAUGGACGGCAACAGCUUUCUUCUACCGAAUUCGUUGCGUUUAGCGGGAGGGCGCGCUGCUGUUGGUUCUUUGCCAAUAAAAAUGCUAAAGGCGCGCACAGGUGGCCCCUUCUGCCUCGGUCUCACUCUUGCAGCAGGGAAGAUGCAUGAAGGGCCGCGAUGCUGAGCGCUAGGUACGUAGGUAACUGGUUGAAAAAAGCAAGGGGUCCCGCAGAGGAAUAGAGAAGCUUGAGGUUUGCAAAUGUAAUUAUGGUAGGCCUUGCCCGGCCGCGGUCUCCCGACUUUUGACUCUGGUUGGUUGCCUCUAGAGAUAUGCUAUGGUAUUCGUUUCUUCUUCUAGGAAUCCUCUGACUGUCUGAUCUUUACAAAGGGCUUAGAAGUAGUUCCACGGCUUUCUUUUGCCAGCCUGUUUUUGUUACGAGGAACUACUUCCUCGUCUCCGUCUCGCUGAAGAUGGUAGGAGCAAGAUGGCCAUUCGAGUCGCAUGAUGAUGUAGUGGUCGAUAACUGAGUCGAACAUCCUAAGAUAUUGAUCCUGUGUGUCCAAACGAGAAACAGAACGCAACAUCAGGUUACUACCCCCAUCUCAUGGAGAUGAUAGAAGAUUUGGAGGCCUGGAGCAAUUACACUCUAGCAGGGAGCGGUAGGCAAGAUUACCUUUUGUGUCUGGAGCAUUUGUCUUGGUGGAAAAGGGUAAUAAUGGCCCACCAGAGGAGUCCUCCGCAUUCCGCAGGCAGCACCAAUCAACACGACGACGUAGACAUCACGUUGGCGAUGGACGGGAGUGGCGCGAAUGAUAAUAUUUAGGGCAACAACAUGUCACCGAUACCGUGUCUUUUGAAAAACAAAGACGGACCCCCACGCUACCGUACUUAUAAGAUCUUACUCAAUCUUAAUACAUGCAACUCCUGGAACUACUACGGUGUAAAUCUCCUGUCAAUUAUCUCUCACUCUCUCUAAUCCCGGCUUCUUCUUCCCUCUCUCGGAACAGCGACAAGUGGGAAUAUCUUACCCUCAUCAGCAGAAGCAGACGACAACGAUAUGAAGGCUUCAUCAGCUACAGGAGGUGGCAUUGGUUGUUCUGGUGGUCUGAACAGUGGAGAAAACAUCAACAUUCUAGGUGGAAGAUCAGGCGAGAUAGAACGACUAGUGGAGGAGGAUCAGAUCAUAGAACCAGGAGGUGGAGCUCAGGAAGAUGCUGGCUCGUUCUGGGCCACAACUGGUUCUGCUUUUUCAGCAGCGACAGAGAGGACCAGUAGUAGCGAAAGUGACAGAAGACCCGACUUGUUCGCGUCCACAUUUGUUCAAGGGGAAGAUCCGGUCGCAAGCGGCACCGAUGCUGCAGAAAGUUCAUCCACAUCGACGCCUGCAGGUUCAUCUGCUCAGCCUGAAAAUCAAGGCUCCGCUUUUUCCUCCUCUUCUGACCCUGAGCAGCUCUACGAAGAGCCCCAACGUGGAGGAGCAUCAUCAGUCUCCUCUUCGACAACAGCCGACCAUGUCCGAGUCUCACUGAACAACCCUGGGAGUGGAGUACGUGGCUCUGCGAUAGAGCAGUACCAUUUGCCGGCAACGGAUAGCGAUGAGGACUUUGAGAUUGAGCAUAGGGUAUUCGAUGCCAGAGGUGAAUCGGGUUCGGGUUCGGGUUCGGGAGGAGGGGCUUUGUCAGUUGAGAGGCAUGAGGCAUGGACAAGUGUGGACUUCAGGAUAUUGCCGUUGGCUGGUAUUUCUCCAUGUUGUACUUCUUCUUAGGAGUGAGUUAAAUUUUCAUGCUAGUAGUAUGUGUUGAUUCAAUUUCAAAUUUUAAUUUUGAAGUUCUUGGAGCUAUACUACGGUACAACCAAUUGUUCUACAUAAUUCGAAAUCCACAUAAACUUCAACAACAGCAGCAUCUACACAUCCACUUCACCAACAGCAGCUCCAGACCCGAUAGCCGACAGCCUCCAGGGUCUUGUUAUGCCUAGCGCCGGACACAUCAAUACCGCUUCAGGUUCACAGUCCACUCCUGUUGGGUCAUCAGUGUCUCCCCCUGGGUCCACGUCUGCCGCGACGGCGCCCAUAACGUCUCCUGCAGUGUCUCCCCCUGGGUCCACGUCUGCCGCGACGGCGCCCAUAACGUCUCCUGCAGUGUCUCCCCCUGGGUCCACGUCUGCCGCGACGGCGCCCAUAACGUCAA